AUACUAUCCUUCGAAAUCAUCAAUUUCGUUUCACAAUCAUGGCGGUUCACUGAAAAUCGUCUGAAAAAUGGGUUAAGCCUCGAGAGAUAUGAGAGACAUCUACUAUCGCAAAGCCAAAGAAGAAGGUUGGCGCUCCAGAAGUGCCUUCAAACUUCUUCAGAUUGUUGAGGAAUUCAACAUAUUUGAAGUUGAAAAGAUAAAUAAUUGGAUAAUUCUACCAUUUUCCUUGCCUAUACACGAUUCAUCGACAUUUGAUUUGGAGGAGUGAAGGGUGUGGUGGAUUUAUGUGCUGCCCCCGGAAGCUGGAGUCAGGUUCUAAGUCACAGAGUAUAUCUCCCAGCAAAGCAGUUUUCUGAUUCAAAAGCCAUCGAUCUUCAGCCAAUGGCCCCAGUUGAAGGUGUUAUUCAAGCUCAGGGUGAUAUAAUAUAACUAAUGCACGAACUGCUGAAGUGGUCAUUAGACAUUUUGGUGGCUGCCAAGGCUGACCUCAUUGUCUGUGAUGGUUCUCCUGAUGUUACUGGUCUUCAUGACAUGGAUGAAUUUGUUCAGUCCCAGCUGAUACUUGCUAGCUUAACAAUUGUGACUCACAUGCUUAGAGGAGGUGGAAAAUUUAUUGCACAGAUAUUUCGUGGAAAAGAUACUUGUCUUCUCUACUGCCAGAGGGAAGCUGCAGUCUCUUUUUCUCAUUAUCUUGCAAUGUCUCAUCUGGGACCCAUUCUUGCUCUUAAGUCGGGAGACUCUUGUCUUGACUUCCUUCUUGCAGCUAAAUUAUUUUCCCCUGUAGUGACUUUUGCAAAAACAAAAAGCAGCCGCAAUUCUAGUAUAGGGGCAUUUGCAGUAUGUGAGAAUUACUCUCCUCCUGAAGGAUUUAAUCCAAAAGACUUACAUUGCCUUCUCAAAAAAGUAGGAAGUCCCUCUGGUGUAGAUGAUCUUGAUUGCAGUAGCAGGUGGUUGGAAGGGCCAAACAAGAUGUAUAUCCCAUUUCUAGCUUGCGGGGGUCUCAGUGGAUAUGAUUUACCUGCUCAUACCCACUACCAAACGAUGCUGACGGAACUUGUCAUAGCUUAGAUCCUGUCCAGCCUCCAAUUGCCCCUCCUCAUUAGAGAGCUCUUGAACUGAAGAAAGCUUCCAGUCACAGCAUCUGAUAGCUGGAAAAGCUUUCCUUGCAUCAAGAAAGAAAAUUGUUGUUGUUGUUGUUUCUUUUCUUUUUUUCUUUUUCUUUUUUUUUAAUCAUAACCAAGUUAUUUAUGGACAAAUCUUUUCAAACUGGACUGUAGCUCCGAUGGAAGAUCACCGGAGUUUGUUGAUUAAAAAAGAGUAUUUGAA